AUGAGAGAUCCAACUAAUGGUCGCUCUCGAGGAUUUGCAUUCUUGACUUUCGCCGAUCCUGCGGUAGUGAAUAAAGUCAUGGUCAAAGAACAUUUUCUAGAUGGAAAACUUGAAGAUGGGGCUUCUGAGAAAGAUGAGGUAUUGCAGAUCGAUCCCAAGCGUGCUAUACCCCGCGGCAGCGGCCCUUUACCAGCCGGACUCCUUACCUCAUCGGUAGUGGAUAAACGACACUCGGGAUCGGAAAGCGCAGCUUCUUUGAGCAACAAAUUGUUUUGCAGGGGCAUGCCUGAAGAUGCAACCCCGCAGAGCUUCCGUGCCUAUUGGGCUCAGUAUGGUAAUCAGGUCAACAUUGAAGAAGCUGUCUUGAUGAUGGAUCGCGAUACUAACCGACAUCGUGGAUUCGGCUUUAUCAAUCUUGUGACCGGGGACGAUGCUGACCAAUUGUUGAAGUGUGGUCCUUUUGUCAUGGAUGGACUUCCCCUCGAAGUGAAAAAGAAAGCACCCAGCCGUGCGCGCUAUGAGGGACGGGAUGACAUGCACAAAAUGGCCCCGCCCCAUGAUCGAUAUGGUGGGUAUUCCGGAUCCGGUCAUCAUGAUUCACCCUCCUACGGCCAAAGCUCCAUGCCAGGCUUCUACAAGAGUUCGAUGAGUAAUCCAAGCUGGAAACCAUGGAAUCCUUCCAUGAUACAGCCUAUGGGUGGAGGAAUGGGACACAGUCGUGGAUCUUACAUGGGAGGAAUGGGGAUGCAUGAUGAUCGAGGAGGACGUGGGAUGGCGUAUGACGGUCCAGGAGGUAUGGGAGGUGGUUAUUCGGGUGGCGGAGGCUAUCAUCGUUCUAAUAGCUCAGCGUAUGCUCCUGAUUGGAGGUCGGGUCCCUCAAGCAUGCGAUCUGGUCCAUCAAGUUCUUAUGCUAACUCUUACCAUCAACAUACUGCUCCACCACCGCCUUCUCUGGGACCAAGUCGCAGUCAAAGAUCGUCUCGCAACUAUGCGCCUUACUAA